UAUAUAUAUAGGGUUAGAUUAGCCCCGCGUAUGUGUACAAAGUACUUUGUUGACAUUUGCUCCGAUUAUUAUUUCAAUCAGUUUAUAUACUCCAUUAUUAUAUGGAACGAAAGUGGUAAUUAUUAGUACAUGAAUUCGAUUCGUUUCAUUUAUAAAUUAUGGCAAAGCAUCAUCCGGAUUUGAUCUUCUGUCGCAAACAACCCGGCGUUGCAAUUGGUCGUCUGUGUGAAAAAUGCGAUGGAAAAUGCGUAAUUUGUGAUUCUUACGUUCGUCCAUGUACUCUCGUGCGAAUUUGUGACGAGUGUAAUUAUGGUUCGUAUCAAGGACGUUGCGUGAUAUGCGGAGGUCCUGGUGUAUCAGACGCUUAUUACUGCAAAGAAUGUACAAUUCAAGAAAAGGAUAGAGACGGAUGUCCAAAAAUAGUAAACCUCGGCAGUUCCAAAACAGAUCUAUUCUAUGAGCGGAAAAAAUAUGGAUUUAAGAGGAGAUAAAAAGGAAUCUGCUAUCAUUUUAGGAAUAUGGAUUGAAAAUUUUUUUAUGUAUGAAAUACCAUUGUGGAAGGAAUAAAAGUGUGGAAAGAAUAAUAAAAAUGGACCUUGAAAGUUUCA